AUGGAGAGAUUCUCAUUCUCGUUUCUAUUUUUCAUCAUUUAUCUACUUUUUCUUUUCUUCACUCCUCAAUUAGCUAGAUCACAAAACGACGAUUCAAAACCACUUUUGGCACUCAAAUCCUCCAUUGAUAUUCACAAUAAACUUCCAUGGCUACAACAAGUAAACGACGACGUUUGCACUUGGGUAGGUGUUAAAGACUGUUUCCAAGGAAGAGUUAGAAAGCUUGUACUCGAGCAUUUCAACUUAACUGGGAAAUUAGAUUCAGAUAUCUUAAACCGUUUCGAUCAACUUCGAGUUCUUAGCUUCAAAGGAAACUCACUCUCUGGUCAAAUCCCUGAUCUCUCAAAUCUCGUUAAUCUCAAGUCUAUUUAUCUUAACGAUAACGAUUUCUCUGGCGAGUUUCCUGUUUCGGUUUCGCUUCUUCAUAGAGUCAAAGUUAUUGUUUUAUCCGGUAAUAAAAUCUCCGGCGAGAUCCCGGUGGAUUUGCUUAAGCUUUCUCGGCUCUAUGUACUGUACUUGCAAGAUAAUUUGUUUACUGGUUCCAUUCCGAGGUUUGACCAAACCGGACUUAAGUACUUGAAUGUCUCGAAUAAUAGACUCUCCGGCGAGAUUCCGGUGACGAAUGCAUUGAUCCGGUUUAAUACGUCGUCGUUUUCAGGUAACUUAGAGCUCUGCGGUGAACAGAUCCACCGUGAAUGCAAGAAUAAAACUCUGUUAUCACCACCGCCAUUGGAUGUGGGUCCGGUUGGAGGAAACACGAAAACGACGUCGUCGAAAUCUCACCGUACGAAACUGAUAAAGAUAAUUGGAGGAAGUGUUGGUGGGUUUAUUUUGUUGUUAAUUUGCUUGAUUUUACUGGUGUGGGUAAUUUGCAAGAACCGUAGGAAGAGAGUGGGUUCUGGUGGAGCAAGAAGAAACAAGGGUAAUGCUGACGUGGCAGCUACAGAGGGUGAAAAUCCCGGAGAAGGAGAGGGUAGAGGAAGUAAUUACGAGGCAAAACAAGGUGGAUUUGCUUGGGAAAAUGAGGGUAUAGGGAAACUGGUGUUCUGCGGAGUAGGGGAUCGUGAAAUGGGGUAUAGUUUAGAGGAUUUACUUAAGGCUUCAGCAGAGACAUUAGGGAGGGGUAUUAUGGGAAGUACAUAUAAAGCAGUGAUGGAAUCAGGUUUUAUUGUUACUGUUAAGAGGUUUAAAGAUGCAAGGUACCCUGGGUUGGAGGAGUUUAGGGCACAGAUAGAGUUAAUUGGUAAGCUUAGACACCCUAAUCUGGUCCCACUUAGGGCUUAUUUUCAAGCUAAAGAAGAACGUCUUCUUGUCUAUGAUUAUUUCCCCAAUGGUAGCCUCUUCUCUCUUAUUCAUGGAUCGAAAACAUCUAAUGGGGGAAAACCUCUUCACUGGACAUCAUGUCUUAAAAUCGCAGAAGACCUAGCAACAGGCAUUCUCUAUAUCCACCAAAACCCUGGCAUGACACACGGAAACCUGAAAUCUUCUAAUGUGUUACUUGGUUCCGACUUUGAGUCCUGUCUCACUGAUUAUGGUCUCAAUGUGUUCCUCAAUCCCGACACAAUGGACGAACCAAGUGCCACUUCUUUUUUCUAUAGAGCACCCGAGUGCCGCAGUUUUCAACGGCCGCAAACUCAAUCUGCUGAUGUAUACAGCUUUGGUGUCCUUCUCCUCGAGCUUUUGACAGGCAAAACACCCUAUCAAGACCUUGUUCAAGCACACGGUUCGGAUAUACCUAGAUGGGUUCGGUCAGUACGCGAAGAAGAGACCGAGUCCGGGGAUGAUCCUCCCUCAUCAGGCAAUGAAGCAUCUGAAGAGAAGCUUCAGGCUCUUUUGAACAUUGCAAUGGCAUGUGUUUCAGUUAGUCCAGAGAAUAGACCUACAAUGAGAGAAGUUCUAAAGAUGAUAAGAGAUGCAAGAGGGGAAACUCAUGUCUCAUCUAAUAAUAGUAGUGAUCAUUCACCUGGUAGAUGGUCAGAUACUGUUCAAAGCUUGCCAAGGGAUGAACAUCUUAGCAUAUAA